GUCAGUUACUGGAAUGUCUUAUGGCAAUGAAGACUGAAGUAAUAAGAGAUGUGCUUUGUGUUAUUGCUUAUGGUACUAAGUCUGCAAGAGCGUCAGCAACAAGGCUACUUUUUUAUUACUGGCCUUUAUUUUAUCCAAACUCACUCGAUCAUAAGUUAUUUACAAUAAAAGUAGCAAAUUUUCAUAAUGGUACAAGUAUUUAAUUACUGUUUUACAACAAUGCUCUACAAAAAAACUUGUAGACAAUUCAUAGAACGUCCCAUUAUCCACACUCCAGAU